AUUAGGUUUUGUUUGAGGAACUUUCUUGACAACAACCGGAAGUGGUUAUCUUCUGGGAGAGAAGAUGGAAUCAGAAGGAAAGGAAGGAAAGGAAAGGAAGACCGUGGUGACACAGGUUAGUUUUGGUGGAUUUGGCGGUGACGUCAGUGCACAAGAACUUGUGGAUUACCUGGAAAAUGAAGGAUUGGGUGUUUGGCGCUGUAGGCUGAAGACUUCUUGGACACCUCCAGAGUCUUAUCCUGACUUUCAGAUUUCAGACACUGGAAAAAUCCAAAGAACAGAUGACUUUAGGAGGGUGGAGCCCCAUGCAUUUGUUCAUUUUGCUGCACCACAGUCAGUAACUUGGGCUUUGGAAGCUGCAGGUCGCUGUGAGCUUUUCUUAAACAAUAAACCGUUGAAGGUCAGCCUGGGUCCUGAAAAUCCAUUUAGCAUGAAUCAAAGGGGGAGAGACACAUAUCCCAUUAAGUUAUCUGAUGUGCAACUUGAGAUAGGAACUCUGGUCAGCGAGAAUCAGUUCCUCAUUGGUUGGAAAGGACCACUUUCUGGAGUUGAUUUUCUAGUGGAUCCUUUUGAUGGCAGAUGUAGAUUUUGUUUCUCUAGAGAUACGGCCUUCUCUUUCAAGAACUUGAAUGAGCAUGCUGUGGUGAAAUGUGAUUUCAAAGUGGAGUUCUUCAUCCGUGAUAUUAAUGAGAUGAAUCAUUAUUCAGAUCCAACAUGUAUUGUGUUACUUUUGCAACUGGCUUCAGCACCUUGGAUCUGGUAUAGAACUGCUGAUGAUGAUAUUGAAGAACUAGUUCCCUUCGAUUUGUUGGACGAUGAUGAUCCAUGGAUCCGGACCACAGACUUUACACCUAGUGGGGCUGUUGGUCGGUGUAAUAUUUACAGAGUUUUGAUCUCUCCUCGUCAUGGUGCAAAAUUGAGGAAGGCUGUUGAAUACCUAAAAGGGCAAAGGGUGAAGGAUGGCCACAUCACUGUGCCACUAAAGGUCAGGAAUGAACCUGAAUUUGGGAUUCUCAUGUCGGAUCCUUUCUUCAGCACCAGCGAGGUUGGGAUACCUUUUGAGACAAUGUUUUUGGUUAAUGCUGUAAUGCACAAAGGCAUAUUCAACCAGCACCAGUUAUCUGAGAGCUUCUUUGACCUCCUUAGAAACCAAUCGAAGGAGGUCAAUUCAGCUGCUCUGAAGCACAUCUAUUCCUGCAAAUACCCAGUGUUUGAUGCCUCUAGGAGACUGCAGAUGGUCCAGGAAUGGCUGCUGAGAAAUCCUAAGCUUUUUAAAAGCCCUAAACAGCCGGAUAACGUUGUGGAAGUUAGAAGGUUGGCAAUUACUCCAACUAAAGCUUAUUGUCUUCCACCAGAAGCUGAGAUGUCCAACAGGGUUCUAAGAAAAUAUAAAGAAGUUGCUGAUCGGUUUUUGAGGGUUGCCUUUAUGGAUGAAGGGAUGCAGACAAUGAAUGCCAAUGUUUUGACGUACUAUGUUGCCCCGAUUGUGAGGGAUCUGACUUCAAACUUUUUUCCUCAGAAAACUCGAGUCUUUGACAGAGUAAAGUCUAUUCUGUCCAAUGGGUUUUAUGUGUGUGGUCGGCAAUACACUUUCCUUGCUUUCUCAUCCAAUCAAUUGAGAGACCGCUCUGCAUGGUUUUUCGCUGAAGAUGGCAAGGUAACUGUGCAAGGAAUCAAAACUUGGAUGGGAAAAUUUAAUAACAAAAAUAUUGCAAAAUGUGCUGCUAGGAUGGGUCAGUGUUUCUCAUCCACCUAUGCAACAGUUGAAGUUCCAUCAGCAGAGGUCACUGAGAUCCCUGAUAUUCGGAGGAACGGUUAUGUUUUCUCGGAUGGGAUUGGUACAAUCACUCCUGAUCUGGCUAUGGAAGUAGCUGAGAAACUAAAGCUGGAAAUCAGUCCCUGUGCAUAUCAGAUUAGAUAUGCUGGAUGCAAAGGUGUUGUGGCUUGUUGGCCUGCAAAAGGUGAUGGCAUCCGUCUGUCUUUAAGGCCCAGCAUGAACAAGUUCCAGUCCAACCACACAACUUUGGAAAUUUGUUCUUGGACUCGGUUUCAGCCAGGCUUUUUGAACAGACAAAUUAUUACAUUGCUUUCAACGUUGGAUGUUCCUGAUGAAGUGUUUUGGAGAAUGCAAACCUCCAUGCUUUCCAAGUUAAAUAAAAUCCUCGUGGACAUGGAUGUGGCAUUUGAAGUUCUCACCUCAUCCUGUGCUGAACAAGGGAAUACAGCAGCCAUAAUGCUCAGUGCUGGUUUCAAGCCUCAAGAAGAGCCUCAUUUACGGGGGAUGCUAACUUGUAUAAGAGCAGGUCAACUUUGGGGUCUAAGGGAAAAGGCAAGGAUUUUUGUUCCUUCAGGCAGGUGGUUGCUGGGCUGCUUGGAUGAACUUGGGGUACUUGAUCAAGGUCAAUGUUUUAUACAAGUCUCAGCUCCAUCUCUGGAAAACUGCUUCUCAAAACAUGGCUCAAGAUUUUCUGAGGCAAAGAGCGAUUUGCAAGUGAUAAAAGGUUUUGUGGUUGUAGCUAAGAAUCCUUGUCUUCACCCUGGAGAUGUAAGGAUAUUAGAAGCUGUUGAUGCCCCCGGAUUGCAUCAUUUGUAUGAUUGCUUUGUGUUCCCACAGAAUGGUGAAAGGCCCCAUGCAAAUGAAGCUUCUGGAAGUGAUCUUGAUGGGGACCUCUACUUUGUCACCUGGGAUGAAAACCUCAUCCCACCGAGUAAGCAGAGCUGUACACCCAUGCAAUAUGAUGCUGCAGAUGUUAAAGAAUUGAAACGUCCAGUGACUCAGCAGGACCUCAUUGACUUUUUUGUUAAAAACAUGGUUAAUGAGAGCUUGGGGACCAUCUGCAAUGCUCAUGUUGUUCAUGCAGAUAUGAGUGAGUAUGGGGCAUUAGACGAGAAGUGUAUUAAACUUGCAGAGUUGGCAGCCACGGCUGUUGAUUCUCCUAAGACUGGGAAGAUGGUGACAAUGCCUUCUGAUCUAAGACCAAGACAGUAUCCAGAUUUUAUGGGAAAAGAAGAGUACCAGUCAUACAAAUCAAACAAAAUCUUGGGAAGACUAUAUCGCCAUAUCAAAGAUGUGUACGAGGGAGAUAUUUCUGCACCUGCUGAGCUCGAGUUUGUUCCUGGCAACAUCCCAUAUGACAAAGACCUUGAGGUUCCAGGAUCUGCUGACUAUGUCGCUGAUGCAUGGGAGAAGAAGUGUUCCUAUGAUGGACAAAUGAAUGGCUUACUGGGGCAAUAUAAAGUGAAAAGGGAAGAAGAGAUAGUAACCGGGCACGUGUGGUCCAUGCCCAUGUACGCCAGUAGGAAGCAAGGGGACCUGAAAGAGAGGCUCAAGCAUUCUUACAAUGCUAUGAAGAAAGAAUUCAGACAGCUGUUUGAAAAUCUGGGCUCUGAUUUUGAGCAACUUUCUGCCGAUGAGAAAAACACAUUGUACGAACGCAAGGCAUCAGCCUGGUAUCAGGUCGUUUACCAUCCUGAAUACGUGAACAAGUCACUAGCAAUGCAGGAGUCAGGCGAUGCUGGGAGUGUACUGACUUUAAGCUUUGCAUGGAUUGCAGCUGACUACCUUGCUCGGAUCAAGAUUAGGCGCCAGGGUACUGAAAAUAUUGACUUGAAUAGGCCUGUCAACUCUCUGAUGAGGUACCUAACUGAUCGAAUGGCUACUGUCUGAAGCCGCUUGGAGUCAUUUUGCACGGUUGUAUCUGGGUUCUAGGUGGCAUGGCCACUCUGCCAUAGUUGAUAUAUCAUAUCUUCUCCCUGUUGUGUUUUCCUUUUGAACUGUCGGCUAUAAUUGCUAUUUGCUACAUCCUAUGUUGAUUGUUAUGAUUAAGCCCGUGCUUUGUUUGAAUAAUUGAUUUUGUUUUCUAAUUUUCAUUUUUCUUGAAGUCUGGAGAUUUGAUUAUGGUACUCAAAUUUUGAGGCCCUGUAGGUGGUCAGGUUUUUUGUUUUUGUUUUUGUUUUUGCUUUGAGUUAUGACCCUUGAACUAGUUCAAAUUGUAUUUUUAU